AUGACCGAUGCGACCUCAAUCGAUGCCACCGGCGCGAACGCGCCAGACCCCCUUUACCUCUUCGGGCGCAAGGGGCGCCAACUCAUCCAGAAGAUGCAAGAGCUGCAGUGCUUAGGCAUUGACGCGACUUUGCCAUCUCUGCCCAAGGUGGUCUGUAUUGGAGACCAGUCCGCAGGAAAAUCUUCCAUCAUCGAGGCCAUGAGCGACAUCACCUUGCCGCGUAGUGAGGGAACUUGCACCAGAUGCCCAUUCCGCAUCACCACUCACGCCAGUGAGCCAGACGUUUCGAAGUGGAGUUGCACAAUCAGUCUGCAGUUCGCCUACUCAUACCUGCCUGGCUACGCGGACAGUAGCGCCGGGCUACCCGGCUGGAAGAAAUAUGGCGAUAUUCAGGUCGAGGAGUUUGCUAGAAUUACAAGCAAAUCUGAGCUAGAGCUCAACCUCCGGCGCGCCCAGAUUGCCAUCUUGAAUCCGAACAGGUCCUGGCGCCACUGUGUUCAUCUCACUAUGGCGGAUGUGGAAAAAGCCGAAUUCCAGGUCGACUUCGCCCCAAAUGUUAUCUGCUUGGAAAUCACAGCCCCCGACCUGCUAGAGAUGGCCUUCUACGAUCUUCCUGGAGCUAUCAAUGUCAAGGAAGAUGCGUCUGACGACUACCUUGCAGAGUUCGUCGAGGCGGUCUUGAAGAAUUACAUCGCCGAUGAGGAAGCCCUGAUUGUCAUUGCGUGUCCGGCAAAUCAGGACUUUCACAACGGCAUUGCCUUCAAAUAUCUUCGCAAAUACAAGGCUAUUGGUCGCGCGAUAGGCGUGCUCACGAAGCCGGAUCUUGUCGAUGCUUUGACGACCAGGCGCUUGGAGUCCUUCGAAAAUAUGUUCAGCGCAAAAGCCUUUUCAGUCGAAGGAGGGUGGUACAUGACGAGGCAAUUGUCUCAGGCUCAGCUGAACGCGGCCAACUGUCUGACAUAUCAAGAGGCUCGUGCGCAGGAGGCGACGUUCUUCUCGCAGCCACCCUGGAGCACGCAAUUCUCGAUGUACGCAGACCGCUUUGGCAUCAGCAAUCUGCAGGAGGCGAUAUCGCGGAAACAUAUUGGGCACAUUCUCAGGAGUUUGCCGAAAAUUGUCCAGCGCGUACAGGAACGACUGACGGAUGUUCAGCAGCAAUUGAGAGAAUACCCAAGCAAGCCUACGAACCCAGGACUAGAGCUCAUCUACGAUGUCGAUAAGGUGGUUACUGCAGUUGUCGCUCAAUGUAGCGCGGACAGCAAGUCUAGCCCCUUUCGCGGAGCUCAGAGGGGUAAUCUCAUGAACUUCAGGAAGCAGCUCGCCGCUAUAGCUCCUAGAGUGGAGUUGUCGACCCCCGGAUACGUGAAGCCAAGUAUUUCGAUUACGGACUCUGACGAGGAAAAGAUGGACAACACACCUUCGAAGCGCUUCCGAGGUGAGAACGGACGUGCUCAGAGUGUUACUCCGAGACGGCCAGCUCCAGCCUGCAGUGCGUCUGUUCGCACUCCUACUGCAUCUGGCAGCAAGCGCAAAAUGGCACGACCUCCAGUUCCGGAGACUGGCGUUUCUGCUACUACGUUUCAAUUAGACGAAGUCAAGAGGCGUUUCGACCUCGCACCCAACGCACAGCUCCCUGACGCCGCCGACCCUCGCAUCACUGAUGACAUGGCUACAGAGUCACUUUCUGGAUUCAGUACGUUGACGCAGCAAGCUCUGGACCGGUUUGGGAGCAACGUAGUGAGCAUGCUGAAGCAAUGCUUGGCCAACUCCCUGGCCACUCGUCAAGGCACCCUCCUCUACGAAGAAAUGGCCUCCAUUAUGCGCGCUUUGUUCGAUGAGCUAUUCGAGAAAGAGGUGGAAAUCAUCCACCACAACAUUAGCUGCCUGAUCCAUAGGCCCAUCACCUACUCGAAGGAGUGGUGGGACACCAAGAGAGACGAGCAUUUGCAGAAACUUCGCCAAGGCCGAACCGAAGCUCGUGUAUUGGAGCGCCUCGACGACAUGGAAGCCGAGGGGCUCAAAGUUCCUUCUACCCUGGAAGAGCGCAAGAAGAAGGCCACCGACCCCGUAUGGAUAGCCAACAACGUCCGCUCCCCAGCCUUCGAAAUCGAAUUAAAGGAACUUGCCGUACCGCUCACCUUUUACGAACUCGCUUCCAGCCAGCUCGUCGACAACGUCGCGAGAAAUUUGGACUUUCUCAUCUACCAGAUUGAGAAUCGUCUCAAGACACGUUUGUUAGAAGGUCUUCGCCCGACCGAUUCUCAGCGAGCUGCAACUCUACUCGCAGAGGAUCCGAAGCGUGAGGAAAUGCGUGCGACGUUGGAGAGUGAGAAGCAGAAAUUGGAGUUGGCGAUUGAGAAGUUGAAGAUUCUGUCUAGCACUGAUCAUUGAUGGGAUGUGAUGAAGGAGGUUUCAAAACGUCUGGGGGUUUGGUCUUUUCUUUUUGAAAGAUGUCCCAUGAGACCUGUGGAAUGGAAAGAGAAUAAGAAUGGUUCGGAUUGUCGCCUGUAUGCGCGCUAUGCACGAUACAUACCCCGUGUCUUGUCGAUGAUGCAAAGGGCCUGAACAGAGGCAGAGGCAUUCACAUGGCAGAUAACACCCCCUCAUGGGUUGUAUGCUCGAGUUGAAUGUAAAUAGAC